UGUACCUGCCGAACUAUGAUGUCAUUCGAGGUAUUAGCACUUUGCGUGGGAGCAACGUACGCUGCGUCGACUGUGGCACGCACUGCCACCGGUAACGACUACGAAGCGCCCAUCCUCCGAUCAGAGUCUGACGUCAAUGCUGAGGGAUUCAACUAUAUCUAUGAAACUGGCAAUGGUAUCUCCGCUCAAGCCCAUGGAGCCCUGAAGAAGGUUGACAACCAAGACGUUAUUAGUAUUCAAGGCGAAUAUCAGUACCAAGCUCCAGACGGUACUAACGUCAGAUUCAGCUAUGUAGCUGACGAAAAUGGAUACCAGCCACAGAGUGACCUCCUGCCUGUAGCUCCAGAGAUCCCAGCAGCCAUCGUUCGUUCUCUAGAGUACAUUGCUGCUCAUCCACCAGCAGUGGAACAUCACGCCAAAAAAUUUUAUUAGUGACGGUGCAACGGACAAAAGCUUAACAAAACAAAUCGCUAGAGAUGUUUAUAGAUCGUUUAUUUUAUUGUAUAUUACAAUUAUGUGUGCCAAACCUUUCGUUAUUUGUUUCAUUUAUC